CGUCGUUUUAUCAACCUGUGAAUAUCCCCUUGGAGAUGGUCUUACCAUUGCCGGAAGCGACCAAUGCGACUACCGAAAACACGUGCUCUUCAGACGAUGUGUGAUGAAUAGUACCACGUCUGAUUGUUAUUCACUCCACGUUUGUCACCUCUCAUGUUCAGCACAUUUUUUUUCUUUGACAAGUCUCCAAGCCGAGCCGCGCGACCACCAGAAGAAAUGCCGAGCGCGAAAGAUACGUAGGGCACAAUCUGUGAGACCCGGUGCAUGUACAAUAUCAGCGGCAUAUCUCCAAAACACCUGCAAUAGCGGAAAAGGUGCCACCGGGUGCUUAUGUGCUUGGUUGGUUACAAGGGGAAGCGUGGAAGCGUGGCAAGGAGAAACAGGCCUCGCACGCCAUUCUCGUGCGGGAUUUCUCCAACUGUCAUCAUCAUCAUCAUCAGGAUCAUCACGGUGGUAUUUCCGUCCCAUAGUAAAAUUCGAAAACAUCAGAGACCCGCCCGGACCCUGCAGGAUGGACGGGAAAAAAAAACGUGGGCCGAAAAAAGCAUCACAUCAUAUGUCGAGCAGAGAAAGAAAGAUGCGGUCUAGACAGAGAUAAGGAUAGGGCGACGCUGGGUCUACCCGGCCCGUCACGCCACGCCCGCCGCGUUCUUUUCCUGCUUCAGCCUCGAGGGAAGUGAGAAGCGAGAAUCGAGCUGGACGACAGCGAAUUGCAUUUUGGAUGAUAGGCGCAAAUCAGCAGUGGGUAGUGCGGGCCUCUAGAAGCUUCAUUUUGUUGAUCAAGAUACAAAUCUCGGACUUCAGAAGAACGGGCGGCGGAUGUGGCAAGCGGACGAGAAUGGACUGUGAAUGACGAGAUCGUC